CCUAGUAGUGACGUUACUGCAUUCACAGUCGGUCAGGCUGGGUAAUCCCACUGGUUGGCAUACUAUGAGAUAAUACAGUGUAUUAAAAAUGAGAACCCCCUAGAUUAGAUUGAUCGAUGAUCACAAUUCAAUUCGAUAUUUAACUGAGAGGAACAUGGCUGAGUUAAACUCAUCUUUGACUAAAGAGGGCUGGUACCUCAGUGAUGAGGGGAUAGAAGAAUUAAAAGGCACUGUUGAGAAAGCUUCGGCACAUGACAUCAUCCGUAUUGCACUUAAUAGUGAUUUGAGGCCAAUCGGAAAGAAGUACUUGCCUUCAGAGAUCAACAGUGGACGAGUGGACAAGCUGGACGGUCCCUGCGUUCUCCAGGUGCAGAAGAUAAGGAACGUCUCGGCUCCCAAGGACCAUGAGGAGUCCCAGGGCGCCUCCAGGAUGCUCCGGCUGCAGAUGACGGACGGACACAUCACCUGCGUGGGCUUGGAGUUCAAACACCUGUCCAAAAUCAGUUUAAACACUCCUCCUGGGACCAAGGUGAAGCUACUUGGUACAGUCCUAGUGAAGAAUGGCAUUCUGUUGCUGGACGAUUCUAAAAUCUCAGUUCUCGGAGGGGUGGUCGAUCACAUGGUGGAGAAAUGGGACCUGCAAAGGAGCUUAGCCAAACACAACAGGAGCAACAUCGGUGCCGAGGGCGGACCCCCUCCCUUCGUGCCAUUCGGACAGAAGUGUGUGAAGAGGGAGGAGGUGGACAGCAAGGAGCUGGACCAGAGGAAGACUCUGCAGGCCACCGGAGUCAUCAAGACCGUUGACGAGAACGACGAGUUUGAGAAGCAGAGGCUAGCGGUUAUCGCUGAGGUGGCCAAGAGCAAAGAGGGGCCUCGGACGUUUGGCGGCGGGGGCAACGCCGGUGGUAACCUUAGCAACUCUGGCUCCUCCUACCGCGGGCGAGACUCCUACCAGUCCAGGAGGAGAGAGGAGAGAGCGGAGCCAGCAGACUGGAGUGAGAGCCGGCCUCAGGGCAACUACAGAGAUCUGGUGGAUGAGAGGUCUCUAAGGGACAUCAUGGAGAUGGGUUUCAACAGGGAGGCGUCCCGCCAGGCCCUGCUGGACAGCAACAACAACCUGGAGGUGGCCCUCAACUCCCUGCUGACCGGGGCCACCCAGUGCCCCGCCCCCGCCCCUGCCCCCCCCGAGCCCAGCAGACCACCCCCGAGAGGGCGAGGGAGGGGCAGGUCUCGGAUGGAGGAUGACGAGGGGGGGGUGGGAGGGAGGCCCUCGGGCCCCAGCACAUUGUUCGACUUCCUGGAGUCCAAGAUGGGGGUGUUUUCCAUCGAUGAACCAAAGAGCCAGACUCCCCAGAAACGGCAGGAUGUCCGAGGAAUUUUCCCCACCAACGACUACUACUCCAAAGAGCCAAACCAGUCCAGGUUCCCCUCCCGCAGCGACAGCCGGCAGCAGAGGGGGGGCGACCGACCGCCCCGCUUCCACAGGGACACCGACUUCCCCAAGCCAGGCCAGGACGCCCUCGCUCCAGCCCCUGUUGGACAGGGGUCAGGACAGGGACAGGGGGACAGGGGACAGGACAGGGGCCUUCGUAGCGGUGGGUCAGACAGGUGGCAGAACGACAAGAGAGGAGAGACUCGGAGCGGACAUGCGUCCUGCUUCUCCUCCUCCACCUUCCCUCGACCCAAAGAGCCCAGAGAUCACACAGAACCUUCCGGAAGUCUCCACCAGGGUUCCAGAGACGGCUCCGGUUCCGUUGGUUCUGCUUUUAACCAAAUGGCGCGAGAGAACUCUGUCCCUGAGCUCUCCAAUAAGAGAGGGCCCAAGGACAACGGCCCGCCCCUUAAACCCGCCGAGUCGGCCAAUAGCGUGCCAGACAGCAGGGCAGCCCACCAACCACAGCGCAGCGACAGCAGGAAUCAGGAGCCCGGCAACAGGAGGAGGGGGAAGUUCGACCGGCCCAACUCCGACAACUUUGACUGUUACUCAGACAACGGGCUUUUGAACUUGAACGUGUCGGGUGGGGGCAGGGACUGUACCACAAUGCCCCCAGACAGGGGGGUGUCCCGCGACUCCCGGCCAGGGAAGGGGGGGCCCCCACACCUGCAGAACGGGGAAACCGAACACAGACGGAGCGGGCCAAUCAAACAGCAGAACUCCUUCAGCCACGCCCAGAAGGAGGAGUUCCCCAACAAGAUCCCCUCCCAGAACCCCGCUCCCAGGAAGAGGUCAGGCCAGAUCAAAGGUCCCAAAGGGUCAGAGCAGGGUCAGGGUCCGGCCAUGGAGUCAUCCUCUCCAGGACUGGCCAGUUGGAAACCAGGAGACCAGUGUCUGGCUGUGUACUGGGAGGACAACAAGUUCUACAAGGCCAGGAUAGACGCGGUGCAUCCGUCGGGUACGACAGCGGUCGUGGUCUUCAGCGACUACGGGAACUGCGAGGAGGUGCUUCUCCACAACAUCAAGUCGGUCUCCAUGGACUCCUGGGAGGACGACGAUGGUUACUAUGACAGUUGGUUAGAGUCUCGUCGAGGGGGAGACGGGCAGCCUAGAAGCACUCGGCCCACUCAGCAGUAUUACCAGCCUCCCAGGGCGCGGGACUGAGGCGGGCCCUCGCCACGCCAGGUAACGCACCCCUGCCUCAGCCUGGCCUCACCCUCACCUCCACACCCGCGCAACGGGAGACAGGACAGACACCCACCCACAGCCGGGCAGAAAACUGGGGGGGGGUUUAGGAUUAACACCACCUCUUUUAGAAGGGGUGGGGGUGUGGGGUGACGUCGUGACGGCAGAGAACGACUCGUUCAUGUUUCCAUCGUAGUCCUUCGCAGGCCCCCCCCCCCCGUCUGGACGAUAGGUCACGUCAGACGCCACACUGAGACACUGGGGAGCAGCUGGUCCAGAUCACACAGCAGCAGCUACCAGACCACACGGAGGAAGCCUGUCAGACUGUUACAACACCUGUUUGUUGGGUUGAUGAUGUGGCAUCCUGACGAGGCGUUUGGGAGACAUGCGGAGAGUGUGAGGCUGACUGAUUCAUCGAAAGACCUCCGACGUCAUAACUGACUCUGCUGGCCAAGAUCCAACAGCUUCUCUGCUCUCCUGUCCAGAUCCAGAAGUGGGAACUUCUCCAAAGGGCUUGCACAAAGAUGCGUUCAACAACGGACUCAGAUGAAUUUUGUUAAGAGUAGGACCGCCAUGCUGCACUGUAAACGACAUGAAGACGAUGUAAAAUAGUUGAUUAUACAAAGUAAUAAAGUCGCUGCUGUACUAUU